AUGGCAUCGCCAGCCUCCUUGGCAAGCUACGACAGCGAUGGCAGCGAAAACCGUAUCUCCUCGAUGCAAAAGCUCGGGAAGGGCGAACCGGUGGACAACGAUGAGUUCGACACGUGGAUGAAGUCGAAGCAGCUGCUAAAGCCGGACGACCAGCUCGACCUGACCGAGGCGGAGUUGGGCGAGGAAAUCCCGAAGCUCCUGUCGACCGAGAACCGGCACCUGCCGCGCAAUCUGGUCGUAUAUGACUUCCGGGAGGGCGCUUUUCUGCCGGUGCCACCGCCGGAGAACACGAUCACGCUGCUCGAGUUCGAGGGCACCUCCAUCCACAAGGACACGGACGAAGCGAAGGAGCAGAUCUCGCGCAAGGGAACCGACGAGUUAAAUGUCACCCUGGACAAACCGAAGGAACCCCUCGCCGAAGAGCAGGAGGAGACGAAAAAGCCCGACACCCCGGAGACUGGUGACGGCGACGAGGGUGAACGGGACGAAGAUGAAGCCGAAGGUGAAGGCGAAGGCCAGGAGCAGGAAGAGGAAGUGCAGGCUCCCGCGGAAGAGGAAGCACCGAAAAAGAAGCUCACGAAUCAGUUCAACUUCUGUGAGCGUGCCGCGUUGACCAUUGCGAAUCCUUCCCGCUCGGUGGACACCCAAACGAUACCACCCCCACGAUCGUCGUUCGGUGCGAGCGUACUCCAGUGGGUCAUCUACGAUUCGUACAUAGAGGAUUACGCCCAGCAGCAGCGUGAGAAGGAGCGCGAAAAGGAGAAGAAGCCCGGGUUGCAGCGACGUGACGAGAAAAGCCGUAAGGACGAAAAGGCUAAGCAGGCGGAGGAGUUCAACAAGCGCUACCUGCAGGCGUGUCAGAUCAUCGAGCGGAUGGUGAACCAGAACAUCUACGACGAGAUCGCGCAGGACUACCGCUACUGGGAGGACCCGUCGGAUGAGUUCCGUGAAGAGGAGGGCACACUGUUGCCGCUGUGGAAGUUUUCGUACGAGCGCACGAAGAAGAUGUGCGUGACGGAUCUGUGCUUUAAUACGCUCUACUACGACCUGUUCGCCGUGUGUUUCGGGACGCUGGAUUUCAUGAAGCAAAACGCUGAAGGAGCCGUGUGCCUGUUUACGAUAAAAAAUCCCUCCUUUCCGGACUACAGAAUUGCAACAGAAAGCGGAGCGAUGUGCUGUGACAUCCAUCCGAAGUACCCGUACCUGAUCGCUAUAGGGCUGUACGAUGGUAACGUGAUCGUGUACAACCUGCAGGUCGGUACGAAGGAGGGUCCGGUGUACAUUUCGCACGGUGUGAAUGGCAAGCACGCGGAGUGCGUGUGGGAGAUCAAGUGGGGUCCGGACAUGCAGGAUGGCGAGAUCAACUUCUUCUCGGUGUCGGCCGAUGGUAAGGUGUUCAACUGGGUGCUGAUGCAGAACAAGCUCGCCAUCACGACCAUUAUCACGUUGUUCCUUGAGAUCGAUCAGAUCAGUGGGCCAGAUGGUAGUGCGUUGAGAUUGAAGGGUUGUGGCACCUGUAUGGUGUUCCAUCCACACAAUCCGGAGAUCUUCCUCGUUGGUACGGAGGAGGGCUACAUCUUCAAGUGCAGCACCGCGUACAGCUCGAAGUAUCUGAUGACGUACCAUGCGCACUAUCUGCCUGUCCACCGGAUGGACUACAACAAGUUCAACUCGAACAUCUUCGCAUCGUGCAGCGGCGAUUGGCGUGUGAAGAUCUGGGAGGACAUGAGACCAGAACCACUGUUCAUCUUCGACCUCGGUUCGUCGGUGGGUGACGUAAAGUGGGCCCCGUACUCGAGCACCGUCUUCGCGGCCGUCACCACCGAGGGCAAGGUGUUCGUGUUCGAUCUGAACGUGAACAAGUACAAAGCCAUCUGCACGCAGGCGAUCGUCUCGAAGCGCAAGAACAAGCUCACCCGGUUGGCGUUCAACCAGAAGCUGCCGUUUAUCAUCGUCGGCGACGACAAGGGCACAACCAUCACGUUGAAGCUUUCACCGAACCUGCGCAUCAAGACGAAGAUGGGCAAAAAGGCUGGCGUCGUCGAUCCGCAGCUGCUGGAAAGCCAAAAGCUGGACCGGCUCCUAUCGCUCGUCCGAGAGCUACCGGAAGGUGAGACGGUUAAGGAGACCGUUUCGACCGUCGCAUCGAACUAAAGCGCCGUCCGACGAUCCUGGCUCGACCCUAAAUCCCACCGUCCAUUUUUUUUGU